ACUCUAUGCAAUAACGGCCAAUAUACAAUGGCUUUUAUGCAUGGCUACUUGGGUAAGGUGGUAUUAGCCCUGUAUCGCAUAUCGGGGGCCUGUGUUGUGCUCAACUGUUGUGUCGGUGGCAGUAUGUGAUAUGGGAAAUAUGCCGGUGUGAAAAUGGAGACUGCGGGCAGGUGACAUCUGGGACAGUUGUGUGGGACUUCGUAGGAUAGGACAUGAUGGCGGAGUCGGAGGAAUACAGCUCCCAGCUGCGGGAGGUGUUUGACAUGUUUGACAAGACGGGGGAGGGCGCCCUGGGACGGGAGGCCCUGCUGGAUCUAUGCAAGGGUCUGCAGCUGGAGGAGUACUCGGACCUACUCCUGGACAAAGUGCUCAGCGACAAGAAAAAGGUGCAGUUUGAUGACUUCAAGGAAGCUUUUGUUGGCAUCCUACAGGAUGUAGCACCCCUGAACUUAGAUGACGACAAGAAAACGGACGUCCAUGUGACACCAAAGUAUGUACUGGGUGGCAAGACGUACGGACGUCGCUCCAAGCCGGAUGUCUUGAACGAUGGUCAGUUGGAUCAGCGAGCCAUUGAGGAUGAGGAACUGCUAGACAUAGAAACUGCUGCAAACACUGGCCAUCUUGGCUUCAAACAAGGAGGGCGGAUUAUCUCCCCUAGAUCAGAGAACGAGGACAAUGAGUUCCACAUCAAAAGAAGACGGAAAGAUGCCCCUCGGCCUCGGGGGAUUCAGGACGAGACCUUUGAGGCUGAAGGUCAGAUGAACCUGACGAUGACAGACGCAGACGUUGAGUCCGGGCAGGAUAAGCUGCUGGAGGUGUGGCGAACACUUGGAGUGGGGCAAGAUGGCUACCUCACGCUGUCCGAGCUCCGCACUGUGUGCAACUACAUUGAGUUGGAGAUGGAUGAAGAUGAGGUCUGGAAGCUCUUCAAGAAGCUGGAUAAUGACAAUGAUGGCCGCGUCAGCUUUGAAGAACUACUGAAGAGUUUCAGCCAAAGCUCCAGGGCCAGGUCUCUGACUCCCUCACCGCGGCCAUCGCGGAGUAUCCAGCGAUCCCAGAGGCCUGUCAGCACCCCAACAAUACGAUCUCUGUCAGCUCAGCGGAAACUGCGCCUUGGUUCCACUCCUGCGGAACGGAGUGUCACUCCUGUGGUCCUGACAAGUGGCGAGGUGACGGGUCUCUUCACAGCCCUGGACCCAUGGCACUCAGGAUUUGCCCAGCCAGAAGAUGUCAUAGAUCUCUGGGAGAAGCACAACAUCAUGAAUGGAGCUGAUAUUCUCACGGCUCUUGACUUUGACCAUGACACCAAACUGAAUCUCUCUGAGCUGUCCUAUGCGUUGGAGCAGGCUUUAGCCAAUGAGAAUCUAGACGCUGUCUCCCACGCUGCACUGGUCACAUGCCAACAGGAACUGCGACAUCUCAGAUCGUGUGUCGAUGCAUUGACGAGCGAACGGGACAAGUUGAAGUUGGACCUGCAGGAGUCCAACGCCCGAGCUGUGCUGCUGGCCAAGGAGGUUGACGAGAGGCAUGCACACAUGGAGAAGUCUAAUGAGUCCAAGUUGUUUGACAUAAUCUGUGCAAUUAAAGACACCUACAUAACAAUAGAGAAGAAGUACCAGGACCAGAUCCGAAGCCUCCAGGGGGCGCUGGAGUCUGAGCGUGAGACCCACUCGGCGCACUCUGCUAAGCUGCGGCAGAACCUGGAGUCUGAGAUGGAGGGACUGAGACAGCAGGAGUCCAAGUUAAAGGAGAACCUGGCCAUGGCACAGGAGGAGGUGGACCGUCUGCAGGUGGAGUGUGCCAGGUCAUGUGAUAACAUCGAGGACGUUCACCGACACAACACACGCUUGCAGAAGGAGCUGGGCAAUCUUGACGAUCUCCGCAGGAAGCUGACCGAGUACGAGCAGACGCCGGAUGUGAGUGAGGAGAGGCAGCACCAUCUCGGCAAGAUCAACUGGCUGGAGCAAGUCAACAAGGAUCUGAAGGACAAAGUCGAUGAACUCACUGCUGAACUGGAGAAUCUCAAGCAGCAGCUGGCAUCAUGUAAACGCAAACUGCGGGGCAGCUCCAGCUCCCAGACCAAGAUACCCAUCCGAGAGGGCAGCCAGCUCUCAGACUACACCAGGAGGAAGUCCUCUCUGGCAUCCAUGUCAUCCACAGAAGCAGAGGUGGAUGAUCUGGACAAUUCAAAGACAAUAAUAAAGACAUCAAAACUAGCUCGAAGAAAACGGCCUGGAAGGUCAUCAUUAGAAGAUGAUAGUGGCAGUGAGCACAGCCUGUCCAACUCCCAGAAGCUGGACCUGCUGGAGAAGGACCACCAGCACAUCGAACAUUCCUUCAGGUUGGAGGUGGCCCAGCUGGAGGACAGCCACCAGGCAGAGAAGGAAAGAAUCAUGGCCAAUUUUGAGAAAGAAAAGGAGAAGUUGAGGGUGGAGUUUGAGCGGAGCCAGCAGGACCGGCUAGCGGAGCAGCAGAAGGAGCUGCAGAACGUCUUCAUCCUGGAGAAGCAGGAUCUGCUCCAGAAGUAUGAGUCCAAGAAGAACCUGCUCAACCAGGAACAUGACAGGGAGAAGGAGGAACUGCUCAACAGGUUGAAGGAAGAAUAUGAAAAGGACCUUGAGUUACGUGUUGGUAAAAUCAAAGAGAAUUUCACCAAAGAGAUAUCGAGAUUGGAAGAAAAUCGUGGCAUAGAUCGCACUGGUAUUCGUGACCUUGAGAAGAUGUGUACUGACCUUGAAAGGCGACUGAAGACCGAGCGGGAGGAGGCCGAGGCUCUGAGGGAGAAGGACUAUGAGAAGCAUGAGGAGGAGAAGGAGCUACUGAGGCAGGCUCAGGCUCGGGACAGGGAAAAGCUGACCCACCGCUUGCAAGCAGAGCACCAGCAGAGACUUCAGCAGGAAUCGGGGAGGUCCCGAGAUGAUCAUUCGAAGGAGAAUUCAACCCUGCUGAGUACAUCGGCACAGGAUGUCCAUGACCUUGAACAGAAAGUUGCUGACCUUGACCUUAAGUUGAAGUUGCAGCAGGAAGAGAUUGAGUCGGAUUGUGAUCGUCAGAGGGAUGAGCUGGAGCAGAAGCACCAGCUGCAGAUGAAGGAACUGGAGACGAGGCUCAAGCUGGAGCAGCUGGACUAUGAGAAUAUGUUGGAACAGGGAGUGAGUGGUUUGCAAGGCAAAUUAAAGGAGGACUUUGAUGCGCUGGUUGAGCAGGGGCAGAAGGAAGCCACAGCAGCAGAAAGGGCUGCCAUGUAUGAGGAGCUGAGUAAACAUCGGAGUGAGUUGGAGGCAGAAUGGAGAUUCAAGAUGGAACACAUGGAACAGAGAGAGGGUGAGUAUGAAAGUGAGAAAAGACGAGUACUUGAGGAACUGGAACAGAAGAGACUAGCGCUGGAGGAGGACAGUGAAGCACUUGAAAAAAGGAAGGCCGAUUUUGAUCUCGAGAGUCAUAAUAUCCUUGAUGAGUUAGAUCGUCAAGAAACUCUCUGUGAGCAAGCUUCAGACGAGAUGAAGAAAAGGAGGCAGGACUUUGAGGAUGUUAAACAGAAGCUUGAAGUUGAUCUUGAGACGAAGCGACAAGAUCUGGAGAGAAGGCUGCAGGAUGUAGGAAAGAAACAGGAAGAGUUGGAGGAAGAAAAAGAAAGGCUUGAAGAGGAGGUCCAUCAGAGAGAGCAGGAGCUGCAAGCAGAACGUGAUCUUCUCGAGGAGAGGAAAGUUGAAUUUGAACAAAUAAAGGCUCAAUAUGAAGAUAAUCUCAAUCAGGAACAGGACAGUCUGAAUUCAAAUGUGCAAAAGAGGUUGGUUGCUUUAGAAGCAGAAGAAGCCCUUCUCAAUGAAAGGAAGGUGGAGUUUGAGUCAGGGUGGGAGAAACAAAUGGAAAAGAUGCAAGUGAAGGAAAGAGAAAUUGAGGCAUCAAUGCUUCACUUACAACAACAGAAGGUAGAGUUGGAAUCUGAGAAAGAGCAAACUCUGAAUAAUCUGAAUAAGGAGAGAAGCCUGCUGAAAGAGGAGCAGGAUAACCUGUUAGUGAGGCAAAGAGACAUUGAAAAGGAAUAUUCCUCUUCCCUCAAGGAGGUACAAGGACAAAGACAGAAGUUAAGUGAUGAGAAGGAUGAUCUUCUCCAGAGACAGAGAGACUUUGAACAGGAACAUGCAUGUGUUCUGAAGGAGUUCCAGACUCAGAGGGAAGCCCUUAAGGCAGACCAGGAGAACCUGGAUGAAAGAAGACAAGAGUUGGACAGUGAUAAGGCUUCACUGCUGGAGGACCUUCAAACCCAAAAGGAUGAGGUGCGGGUUGAGAAGGAGAAACUGCUGCAGAGGCAGAGAGAGAUGGAGACGGAACACUCUGCCCUUGUGAACCAGCUCAAGAUGCAGGAGGGAGACGUUCAGAGAGAUCGGAUGUCAGUGGAGACCCUCAGUGCUCAGCAUCAGGCCAGGGAGCAGCAGCUUAAGCAGGACUUUGAUCGACAAAAGGACAAAUUGUGCUCAUCAUAUGAGGAAGAAAAGACUGCUCUGAUAGAGAAGUACCAAGAUGAGAUCCUUGACAUGCAGAAGCAGAUGACUGUGAUCAGGCAGAAGCUGGAGGUGGAGAAGAGCCAGCUUGAGCAGCUGCAUCAGCAGGACCAGCUGGAGAGAGAGCAGGACUUGAGGGAGGAGCUGCAGACUGACUUUGUCCGCCAGAUCGAGGAACUACAGGACACAUUUGGUGAUGAACGCAAAGUCCUGGAUCAGAAGAGCCGGAUGCUGGAAGGGGAGAUAACUGAGCUGCAGGUGGAACUGAAGGCGGAGCAGGAGCGAGGGAAGCAAGUUGAGGAACGACUCCAGUCCACAGUCAGCUGUCUGCAGGACCAGCUGAAACAGGUUGAAGACAUGAGAGACAGCCUCCAGGCCAGAUUGACCGAUGUGGAGCAGGAGAAGGCAGAAACACAGGGCAGCCUGGAGAGAAGGAUCGACGAGCUUCUGUCUGACCAGGAGAUGGCUGUGACUGCUGUGAAGGCAGAGGUGGUGGAGACGGCGAAGCAGACACACUCCAGAGAGAAGGAGAAGGUGCAAGAAGAGAUGACACAGAUGACGUCCAAGAUGGACUCUCUUCAGGACCAGCUGACCAGGGUCCAGCAAGAGAGAAGUCAGCUUCUGGAUUACAAGAUGAAGUAUGAGGAGUGUCGUGAGGCCAAGCUGUCCUGUGAAGCCGAGAUCAGGGACCUCAAGCACACUGUGGCAACACUGGAAGCAAGGAUGAACAUGAUACAAAACUUUGAGAGCACCCAGACACAGCUGCUGAAGGAACGGGACCAGCUGCAGUCAAAGGUCACAGAGCUGAAGGAGAAACUCAAGUUUUCACAUGCUGCUUGCACAGAGACUGAAAAGUUGAAGGUUGACUUGAGCAAUAUGACACGUGAAAAGUCCGAGCUCCAGGAAAAGGUGAACUCUCUCAAGGAACACAUCCAGGACUCGAGACCUUCCAAACACAGGGAGGACAAGGAACUCCACGAUGAGAAGAAGCUGCUGGAGAAAAAGUUACAGAAGGUGUCGGACAAGCUACUGGAGGCGAGCACAGCCCUGAGUGUGGCACAAUCACGACAUCUCCAGGAAAUUAGUCGAUGGAAGGACCGCACAAAAAGCAUGGUGGAUCUGGAACAGUUCACUAAUCUUCAACUGGGGCUCAUGGAACAGCAGAGACACAUGAAUGAACUUCAGGCAGCAAUACAGGAGAAGCUGGACCUUAUAGAAGACCUGAAGGAGGGGCACAAGAAGCGUGUGAAGCAGCUGGAGGCAGACAAGAAGGACCUGCACACGAAGGUGGAGUACUACCACAACCUCUUCAAGGAACAGGCAGAGAAACUCAUGACCACAUAUGAGUCUUUAUCAGAGAGAAACAUGAUGGUCAAUGAUCUGCACAUGGAGAACCUUCAGCUUGUCAGCAAGGUGAAGGUCACCGAAGAGCGUCAUCGACAAGCAGAGAAGCGGUGUCUGCAUGUUGAACGGAAAUGUGCAUCACUACAGAAAGUCAUCAACCAGGCGUGCCAGAACAUUGCACAUGCCUAUGCAUGAUUACAGAAUCUCUCUUGAAAUAUGUGAUCUUGGGAAUGGAAAUUCUCGUUUUCUGAGAUUAUUUUAAGAUAUAUGAUGAAAGAAUCUUUUUACUUUCUUAAUGUGAAGACAUUAUGAUUUUAUGCCUUAAUGACCUUGGCUGUGACCAUAAAAUGUGAUAAAGUGGAUAUGCCUCAUGCAUGCUGUUGAUGGAUGCAGAGACACUGUCAUUGGAUGCAGAGACACUGUCGUUGGAUGCAGAGACACUGUCAUUGGAUGCAGAGACACUGUCGUUGGAUGCAGAGUCACUGUCGUUGGAUGCAGAGACACUGUCUUUGGAUGCAGGGACACUGUCGUUGGAUGCAGAGACACUGUCGUUGGAUGCAGAGACACUGUCAUUGGAUGCAGGGACACUGUCAUUGGAUGCAGGGACACUGUCGUUGGAUUCAGAGACACUGUCAUUGGAUGCAGAGACACUGUCAUUGGAUGCAGAGACAUCGUCGUUGGAUGCAGAGAAACUCAUCGGAUGCAAGAGACAUUUUCAUUGGAUGCAGAGACCCUGUUGUUGGAUGCAGCCACUGCUUCUGGAUGCUUCAAGAUGACCACAAGUGAUAUGAGAUUACCACAGAACAGGUGGACAGUUGGUGUUAUGUACAGUAUUGUUGUAAUGACAGCCUUCAGGAGUAUCUAGCUGUUCUCUAGAUGUUUGUUGUCUCCGAGGAUAUGAGUGCCUUCUGUAGUAUUAUGUAGUGCUAUUUGAUUCAUCUGUUCUGAAUACCUCAAUUACAGAAUUACUCCUGGAAUAUUCAUUCCAAUGUUAUCCAUUCCAGUGUGUGUAUAUGUGCCUGGUUCAUUAUUAUCAAUGUGUCACUUCUUCCUCUGAACUGAACCUUCCACUUCAGGAUUAAUAACUUUAGUGCUCUUCGACCAUGUAUAUCAUAGAGAUCAGAUUAUUGAGAUCACCUCACCCAAUGGAACAGGCACAGACCUUGUGUGUACAGACCAUGCAUGGCGACCAUGACUGCAAUACUCUGGGAUAGAACCCUACACACUCACUCACUCACUCACACACUGAAGGGUAGAUAUGUCUUUACAGGGUCUGACAAACAUUCCAGUCAAUGUGUUUGUGAUGUAUGUGCCAUUUCUGUGAUUGUCUCUGCGUUGCUUCUUGGUGAUGACUCCCUUGAUAACACUCCCUGAACAUUCGCCUCUACCAUGUCAGAUGGAAGAUACAGGGUGAUGUCAACAUCAGUCUGUAGACAUAGCGGUUUGUUCUCAGUGACGGCUAUAGAAUGGUAUGAGAAGCUUAUUGUAUUACUCAAUACCCACAUUAAGAAGGAGCUUCUUGAAAUAGAUGGGAUUAUAUCCAACUUGAUGAAGUGUAUGGAAUUCUUUGAAAUGCAUUUAUUAGAGAUAAUCAUGAGAGUGCAAGGCAAGGUGUUUACUUCUGUAUCCAUCCAUUUACUGUUAUCAAUACGACUUUUUCUGAUUUUUAUCACUUCCAAAAGUCCAACAAAUAACUUCUUCUGAUGUAUUUCCCAUGUGGUUUAGCAUUCCUUGUUUUAUGUAUUUUAGUUUACACAUCUAUGAUGAGUUAGCAUGAAUAGAGCAUAGUGGUGUCAACACCUGAUGUUAAAUGGACUAAUCCAAGCAUUAGUCAUUGUCAGCUCUUGAAUCUCUGUGACAGUCACAAUGAGUCGGACCUGAUGAAGGUGACCAUGCAGAUCAGGCUGAACUUUCAGGUCAGCAUUUAUUCUGUUAUGCAUAGCAUCUAAUUCAGUAUUAAUCUUCCAGUAUUUUCUUGUUGAGCGGGUCCUUAGUUGAGUUGAGUCUGUGACGAAGCAAAGAAUAACGUAAUAUAUGAUCAAUUGAAAUAUGCUUGCCUCACACCUGUACUUAAUAAUAGUUUUGUUUUAACUUUAAUUCCUGAUGUUUUACAAGCAUGUUUAAGAUAAAUAUCCGAAUACAUAUUUCCUUAUAUUUUAAUUGCUUCUUUUGUGAUAAAUUUGCACUCUGGUCAAAAUUUGUAAAACUUAGUCAUAUGCUUGCCAUGGGCUAAAUAUGAUAUUAAAGUUUUUGUUGAUUUUAACCAAUAGCCUUUCCCCCAGAGCAGAUGUAGUAAAUGUAAUAACUUGGAUUCUCACAUGACUAAAACCAUGCAUCACAAAGAGUUAAGCAUUGCACAUGUACCAUGGAAACUAAUUAAAUUGAACUCCAGUAACCCAACAUUUCAUUUGAGACAGUGUUCCUUUGUGGCCAUGGCAGGGGCCUAGUGGUUAAAGCGAUCGCUCGUCUCGCCGAAGACCCGGGUUAGAUUCCUGAUGGGUACAAUGUGUGAAGCCCAUUUCUGGUGUCCCCCGCCGUGAUAUUGCUGGAAUUUUGCUAAAAGCGGCAUAAAACCAUACUCAGUCAGUCAGUGGUGGCCGUGGCAGGAUCUGCCACAGUGGUCUUGUAUCGCACUCCACUUGUCCCGAACUAUGGACAAAUGUCUCUAAAUAUAUUUGCUGGGUUCCACCUGAUUAAAUUGGUCUGACUGUACUUCUAUUUGAAUAUUAAUGAUCUUUAUUAACCUCAGAAGCACCAAUGGACGUGAUCUCUUCAAUUUGCUCCAGAAUGAGCAUGGUAAUUAUGUCUGUUCUUCAAUGACAAAGAGGGCUUAUCCAUACACAUUACAGAUUUACUCAUCUUGUGAAAGAUAAAAGAUGCAAGAAAAUUUAUAUCAAAAUGAUGGAAGUGAGUUCUUCUCAUUCUCCAUGAUACACAGGUCGUGUUGUGAUUGUAGUUUUGGAAUUGACAGAAUAAUUGUGUGGUCGUCAUGUAACUUGAAAAUCAAAAUGUUAUGGUGCUAUAACUGAGUUGAUGUUUUCUCAUGAUGUGUUUGUUUUUUAUUUUUUCAUGUAACAAUUUGUAAGUUAGUUUGUACUGUUUCAUUUGCAUUUACAUGACAGCUGAGUUACAACCAUAUAGUAUUUCAACUUGAGGUGAAAAGUGCAGCAUAAUGACAUUAUUAUUUAAGGUGUUUAUCUGCUAUUGAUAUAAUAUAUACCUUUUCAUUGAAGUAUUUAUUGUUUUGAUUGUUAGUAUAAACAUGUUUACUAUAGUCUUCAUCACUUGAAAAAGAAUAAAGAAAUAUUGUGAUCAUUAAUCAACGAAGAUAACUGCAUGUGUGCUUUUACACAUAAAGUGAAAACAAGCUAUUCCUCUGAUAAGGAAUAUUACUGACAAGAACGACAAAAACGUAGUUACAAUCUUUAUUCUUUAUUGGCAAAAUGGCUUAUUUUCACUUCAUAUGUAAUAGCACACAUGCAACUGUCUUUGUUAAUUAAUCCUCGCGAAAUGUUUCUAUUCUAUUCUAUUUCAAGUGGUGAGGAAUACAGAUUCAAUUCAAAUAGAUAAAUGAAUAAAGUCUGCUAUUUCAUACACAUCAAAGUUUACUCAAGUCUUAAAUGUGAAAGAAGUAACUUCAUUCAAGAAAAACACUGAUAUAUUUAAUUGGAGGAAGUCUGCUGGUCUGUUGCUAGCUCUUUCUUAGAUAUUUCUUUUUUUUGGUUUUGGAACUACAUGUGAACAAAAUUAUUGUCUUUAAAGAAAUUAAAUAAUUAUAUCUGUUUGGGUGCUAAGUUAACAGUAAAUAGAUAAGAAAGUGCCCAUUAAUAUAUUCUCAAUUCAACCAUGCAGUUACAUUUCAUUGAUGCAGUCAUACAUUGCUAUUAUGGGCAGAAUAUUACAUUAUUGCCACUGUUUUAACUAGAUUUGGGAAAUAAUGGGCAAGAUACCUUCAACAGAGUGUACCAAUUACCCGUGUUAUAACACUCUUCUUUUUUAUUUGCUUUUUAAUACAGUAGCUUUGAUCAUUCGACUUUGUAGUCCAUGAUUCACAGUUUCACUGAUUUAAUAUAUCAGUUGUAGAUUGAAUUUGGUUGAUAUGGUCUUUAGGCACUUCCAGUACUUGGACAGUUGCACAGUGGCAUACCAGCAGACAUCCUUAUCAGUUGGGUCAAUUUUUCACCUCCUUUUCUGAGAAAGUAAACAAUAUUGAAACCUUGCUGAAAUUAUUCUUUGUAAAAUGAUAAGAAUAUCACUUUACGGGUAUUUGAAUUACCCCGCAUGUGUUUUAUUUUAAGUUUUAAGGUCGUCAUAAGCAUGGUAAGAUUAAUGAUAGGUUUAGGUUUGUUACUUUUGGCCUCUGUCAGAUCAUUAGAACCAUUACUAUUCAUGUAAUCUGUUUCGUGAUUCAAUAAUUCUUUAAACAAGGAAAAAUGAGUCAGUUACUUAGAGGUUGCACACUAGUUUCGACUCUCAGGUCGGCUGUUGAUUUUAAAUCUGUAAUCCAAGCCUGUAAAGUAAGAAAAUAAAAGUGAUUUAUAUUCA